AUGGAGGAUUGGUCUGACCGCUCUGGAGUUGGGGAAGACCUGCAGCCACACGCCCAUCACAAGAACACAACCAGCAGGGAGCAGAGGGAGCAGCAGGAGCACAGGGAGCAGCAGGAGCACAGGGAGCAGCAGGAGCAGAGGGAGCAGCAGGAGCACAGGGAGCAGCAGGAGCACAGGGAGCAGCAGGAGCACAGGGAGCAGCAGGAGCACAGGGAGCAGCAGGAGCAGAGGGAGCAGCAGGAGCACAGGGAGCAGGAACUGUGUCUCUUUGAAGUCAUGUUGAAGAGGAGAUAA